UUCUGAUUGGUCAUUUGCAAAAUUGUUAAUUAAAUUGAAUAAAAUCAGAAUGAAUUGAAAGUUGAAUGGAAGCAGAGUGAGAGUGAGAGUGAGAGGAGAAAUGGGAAAUCAGAAGCAGAAAUGGACGGCGGAGGAAGAAGACGCCCUCCACCGUGGCGUCCAGAAGUACGGCGCCGGCAAGUGGAAGAACAUCCUCAAAGAUCCGGAGUUCGCUCCUUCCCUCACCAGCCGUUCCAACAUCGAUCUCAAGGAUAAAUGGCGGAAUUUGAAUGUUGUCACUGGUCAAGGCUCCAAUAUUAAGUCUAGGACUUCCAAGCCCAAACUAACAGCACCUUCAACUCCAGUUCCCAAUCAGCAAAAUGCUACUCCUUCUGUGCAAAAUGUUGCUACUCCUAAGGUUCCAACUCCAUCUCAAAAUUCUGCUGAAAAGGAUCACGAGGCCAAAGUUCCUCCGAGGUACAAUGCAAUGAUAUUUGAAGCUUUAUCGUCGAUCAAGGAUGCUGAUGGUUCUGAUAUGAAUGCCAUUGUUAGUUUCAUCGAGCAAAAACACACAAACACACUUCAUCAAAAUUUCAGAAAGGCAUUAGGUGCAAGGUUAAGGAAGCUUGUUCAUCAGGGGAAGCUUGAAAAGGUACAAAAUUGCUACAAGAUUAAAAAGGACACCCCAUCGGGACCAAGAUUACCCUCUCCAAAAUCACCUGUGCCAGAACAAAAGGAUUUACGGCCACAACAAUCCCCAACCUCUAGUUUUGUGACAUGUAAUGAGAUAAUAAAGGAUGCCGCUGAUACUGCAGCCUACAGAGUUGCUGACGCCGAGAACAAAUCAUUUUUGGCCGCUGAGGCAAUGAGGGAGGUGGAGAGAAUCUCAAGGCUGGCUGAAGAUACUGUUUCAACGUUACAGCUUGUGAAAGAGAUUUAUGAAAAAUGUUCACGUGGUGAAAUUGUCCUUUUGGCUUAAGUCGGUGAAUGUGAGACGAUAUUGGAUCCUGCAUAUAAAUUCAUCAAUCCGGUGAAUAUUAUUUGAGUAGCUCUCUAUUUUUACACCUCUCCAACUGUAUUGUACAGGUUAGUCUUUCUUGUGAAGCCAUGUUUCUUUGAGGCUGGUACACCUUCCUUGGUCUCUAGAUAUUAUCCAUGGAAGCUGUCUUUCAUUUGAGAUUGCCACAAAGAAAAAUGUCUUCUUUGAUGUAUACUUCCAUAUGGCUGCGGCUAUUAUAAUUUUUACUGGUAUAUGUAAGUAGGAGCAUAUAAAGUUGUAAGUGUUUGUUUGGAAGAUAUAUCAAUUUAUUUAAACAAAUGUGAUGGAAUGCUGAGCUUCUCCAAAAAUUUAUUGAACUAUUGUUUUUCAAAUUA